CUAAUGUUUACAUCUCAUAAUUCAUGCGCCACCGAGAGUUGCACAGCAGCCGCGAGGUUCGCGUCCCUUUGCGAACCGGCUGCUUCUAUUUCUCUCUAAUGGAAGAGGAGAGUUGAAAACCUUGUAAUCCCAAGAAUGGACCCGCAGUGCCUUUUUCUGCUCCCAGAGUUCAAAACUAGAACAAAACGAAAUAAAAUCAAAGCACUCAAACCACACCCCAAACGAAGAACGCGCGGAAAGUAGGAGAACUGGAAAAUUUCUGGGCCAAGAAGAUCUGUCUGUCUUCUGUAUAUACCCUGUAGAUCCGAAUUUGUGUAAGGAAUUUUGUGGUCACAAAUUCGUAUCUAGGGGAAUAUGUAGUUGACAUAAACACUCCGCUCAUUUUUUUCCAGAAGAAAAAUAUAUCUAUUAUUUUUCUAAAUGAGGACAAUCCGGUGACUGACCACGCGAAGAUUCCUUCCUUUUUCUUUCUUCCUCUUUCUUUUCCUCCCUCAACUGGUUAGAGACGGAGGAAUCAUCUACCUGAACUCUCUACAACCGUGCCCCUGGGAGCCUUGGUCCUUUCCACUUUCCUUAAGAGGUUAAUGUUGCUGAUGAUGUUUUUAAUUUAUCCUUUUGCCCAAAGCCCACCUAUUUUCUAUUCUGGGCUCAGCAAGGCUUUAUUGGAAAUUCCCAGAAAAUGACUGUUGUUUUCAGUGUACUAAGGCAAAGGAAAUUCGCUUUACAAACGGAUGCUGAGGUCGCCUUUCCGUUUGUGUUCAGAACAAGAUGCCCUGGAAAUACGCGAUUUGGGGGCGGGAUGGGUGUUAUUGUUUGUGGGGGUCACCUCUGGUUCUUCUAACCCCAGCGUCACGAAGAUGUGAGAUUUCCAUUCGCCGCGGAGGCGGCGGCAUUAGCGGUUAUUAGAAUGUCUCAGUGCCAUGGAUAGUAUUGCUCGGGUGGUUCUGGAAUUAGGAAAUUGCUACCCAAUUUUGCUCUCAAAAGUUGCAGGUUUUUUUACUCCAGCGCUCAUCUUUAGUGUGGGAAACCAAGUCGUUUCUUCCGGCUUGGGCCGUGAGGCCGGGUAAAGGGAGGAGUGGAUAAGAGAAGGGGUACAGAGCUACUGACUGACACAGCCAAGCUAAUCGCGCAGCUAAAUGCUGUUUGGAAGGCGAGGUCUCCCCGAAUUAGUGCAUGAAUUUCCUAUCGAUCCGCCCGCAGUUCCAUUCAUCUCUGACAAGUCCUUCUGCGCACCCGCCCUCUAGCUCUCCAUGCCUUCUCUCUCACCCCAUGCCCCUCCCAUCCCAUCCGGCUACAGAGAAAAGCCCCAGGUUCUGUGCCCCUCGCCCCAUAUGUGUUCCCCUUUCGAAGCGAGCCCCCAACCCACUGAUCGCUUAAUUCCCCACACAGAUGCAGGGUGCGUGGGCUCCCUCCCGCCUUGGGGAGCAAGUGGGGGCUUAUGGAAGGCAGAGCAUGCUGGGCAGAGGGGAGGCAGGACAGGAGGGGCUACACCUGGAGCCCCAACUUCUGAGGGGAUACAGGGAUUGCGCUUUACCCAGCGCCCCAACAGGCCCUCCAGUCUCAAACUGGGCGAGAGCUUUCCCUCUCUCUCUCUCUCUCUCUCUCUCUCUCUCUCUCUCUCUCUCUCUUUCUCUCAUCUCAGAGAGAGCAAGGCGAGGAGGGGGUCGCCCCGCAGGAGCCCUAUGUAAAUCCUGGUGUUGGGUGGGUGGGGAGGGGGAAGAGAAGGGGAAAUAAACCUCUUUGGCUAGAGUAGGGUCCGGGUGAGCAGAUUUCCUUAUCCGGGAAUCGCAGGCGGGGCGGCCAUUGGCUCGGAGGAUCACGUGGGCCCCUAACUUUGUUCACUUGACAGUAAGUAGGAGGGCUUUCGGAAACAGGAAAACGAGUCAGGGGUCGGAAUAAAUUUUAGUAUAUUUUGUGGGCAAUUCCAGAAAUUAAUGGCUAUGAGUUCUUUUCUGAUCAACUCAAACUAUGUCGACCCCAAGUUCCCUCCGUGCGAGGAAUAUUCACAGAGCGAUUACCUACCCAGCGACCACUCGCCCGGGUACUACGCCGGCGGCCAGAGGCGAGAGAGCAGCUUCCAGCCGGAGGCGGGCUUCGGGCGGCGCGCGGCGUGCACCGUGCAGCGCUACGCGGCCUGCCGGGACCCUGGGCCCCCGCCGCCUCCGCCACCACCCCCACCGCCCCUGCCACCGCCCGGGCUGUCCCCUCGGGCUCCUGCGCCGCCACCCGCCGGCGCCCUCCUCCCGGAGCCCGGCCAGCGCUGCGAGGCGGUCAGCAGCAGCCCCCCGCCGCCUCCCUGCGCCCAGAACCCCCUGCACCCCAGCCCGUCCCACUCCGCGUGCAAAGAGCCGGUCGUCUACCCCUGGAUGCGCAAAGUUCACGUGAGCACGGUAAACCCCAAUUACUCCGGCGGGGAGCCCAAGCGCUCUCGGACCGCCUACACUCGCCAGCAGGUCCUGGAGCUGGAGAAGGAAUUUCACUACAACCGCUACCUGACGCGGCGCCGGAGGGUGGAGAUCGCCCACGCGCUCUGCCUCUCCGAGCGCCAGAUCAAGAUCUGGUUCCAGAACCGGCGCAUGAAGUGGAAAAAAGACCACAAGUUGCCCAACACCAAGAUCCGCUCCGGUGGCACCGCAGGCGCAGCCGGAGGGCCUCCUGGCCGGCCCAACGGAGGCCCCCCUGCGCUCUAGUGCCCCCCUCGCGGGAGCCGUGAACCUCGGGGUGGGGGUGGGCAGCGAGCGCAGGGGUUUGGGGGCGGGAGGGGGCCCCGGGGCCUGGGGCUGGAAAAACCUACCUUCCCUCCCCAAACUUUAUCUAUAUAGGAAUAAAUGCAGAAGAGGGGGAGGGGAAGCUUUAUUUAUAGAAAUGACAAUAGGGAGCCGGGGAGGCCCCCCAGAAGCAAGGUUCAGGUCUCCUGCUUUCUUCCUUGGAAGGAAGGAAGGAAGAAAAUAAGAAAGAGAAAGAAAGGAAAGAAAAAGGAAGAAGGAAGGAAGAAAGAAAGAAAGAAAGAAAGAAAAAAAAAAACAGAAAGAGAAAUGGGAGGACGCUCCAGCUCCUCGUUUUCAGCUUUGGUGAAGAUGGAUCCACGUUUCAUCUUUAAUCACGCCAGGCCCAGGCCCAUCUGUCUUGUUUACUCUGCCGAGGAGAGGACGGGUCUCGGUGGCGACCAUUACCUCGACACCCAGCUAACAAAUGAGGCCCGGCUCCGCCGCCGCCGCCUCUGCUGCUGCCGCUGCUGGAAGACAGCCUGGAUUUUCUUUCUUUGUCCCCCACUCCUGACACCCAGCGAAAGCACCCUCUGACUGCCAGAUAGCGCAGUGUUUUGGCCACGGUAACAAACACAUACACAACCUCCCUCCUCCUCCGUGCCCUUCAUGGGGGAACUGUGACUGCUCGCCCCCUUCCACCUUGAGGCUGGGGGGGGGGAGGGUGGGGAAUAGAAGGAAGGGGACAAGUCGGGGAGAGGGCAGCCUUGACAACACAGGAGCGAGCGGGCAGGGAAAUUGAGUCCAAGGAAAAAAGAGAGACUCAGAGACCGGGAGGGCCUUCCUCUGGAAGGCCAAGCCAUGCCUGGCAGGCUGAGGGGCCAGUUGAAUUCUGGGAGCCUGUACCACGCUCUCACCAAUCCAGAGUUGUACAGUGGAGGCCUCUCUCCUAGACUGAAAAUGAAUGUGAAACUAGGAAAUAAAACGUUGUGUCCCUCCCAGUGUGGGAGGAGGAUGUUGCAGAGCCCUCUCCCAUAGUUUAUAAUUGUUGCAUCGUUUAUUAUUAUUAUUACUAUUAUUAUUAUUGCUAUUAUUUUAUGUCAUGUGCGUCCUCUCUCCUUUUCUCUUUCUGACAUUCCAAAUCAGGCCCCUUCCCAUUUCUGGGGCUGCCUGAGUCUAGAACCUUUCGUUGGUGUGAAAUUGUGUGUCCUGUACAGAGUGACAAUAGAAAUAAAUGUUUGGUUUCUUGUGA